AUGAGCUUCUCCUGCUGCCACGACGCCCGCCGCCACUACUACGGCCCUCAGAAGACCCAGGACCGUGAAUCUCUUGUCUUCCUGUGCUGCAUUCUCUUCGUCGAUAGCUCGUCGACGGCGCUUCUCCCGGCGUUGCGCUGCGGGGUCUGUGGGAUCCUGGCGCUUCCCGCGCUCAGCCAUGGUGGUCGACUUGCCGUGGGAAGCACUUUGGGGUGUUGUGGGUGCUGUCUAGGUGUGGUGUGAUGAAGGCAGCACGCGUGACCGGUGUCUGCUUCGGCUUCCCGGAAAAAGCGGGGCGUUUUUCCCCGGAACCGUGAAAGGAGCACGCCCCAAAAAAUCCCGGCUCCUUCU